AUCGAUCGUCGACGGCCAGUCAGUUGGAUUCGAGACGAACGCUAACCAUACGCAACCACACUCGGAGUUCAACAUGGUGAUGCGAAGAACUACCGCGAACGGCGAGCCAGCCGUCCAGAACAACCGCAAAAUCGUUACCCUACGGCAGGGUAUGGUUAACGGAGUUCGGGAUAUUCUACCGAAUGGUUCGGAAUACUUCUACUUCAAAGGAAUUCCCUACGCUCGUCCACCGAUCGGAGAUUUGCGCUUCGAAGCACCCGUCCCAUUAGAAAAGUUUCCGGCGAUGGUCCUGGACUGCUCGCAAGAGCGAAGCUACUGCAUUGGGAUGAAUCUUCUGACAAGGAAAAUCAGUGGGCGUGAGGAUGGACUCUAUGUGAACGUGUACACUCCGGAGCUGCCUGCACGAGGGAAGGUGGAGUCGAAGCUUCCGGUGAUGGUGUUUGUUCACGGAGGUGGCUUGAUCGGAGGAAACGGCGACAGUUUGCUGUACAAUCCGAACUACAUGGUCCAGGAAGGGGUUGUGUUCGUUACCAUGAACUACCGCGUGGGGGUUCUUGGGUUCUUGUGCUUACCGGAUGCGGGGAUCCACGGGAACGGUGCCUUGAAGGAUCAACUCAUGGCUCUCCGGUGGGUUAACGAGAACAUUGCCAUGUUCGGUGGGGAUCCGACGAAUGUAACUUUGGUUGGUUCUAGCUCCGGAGGAAGUUGUGUUGGUCUGCACUGCAUGUCGGAUGUUUCCAAGAAGUACUUCCAUAAGGCCAUUCUUCAAUGCGGUCACCAUAUGUGCGACUUCACGUAUGGUACUGAAAUGCUGCGAAAGGCCCGGGACCUCGCUAAAUUGUUCGGAUACAAGGGAAGUUGUGAUAAAGAAGCAUUAAUUGUGUUGAAGCGAGCAUCGGCAGAACAGCUGGUUAAGAGACAGUUUGAGGUACUUUCACCAAAGGAACGCAAAAUGGAAGAAGUUUAUCAAAUUCCAUUCGCCCACGUUGUGGAACGAGAGGGAUCCAAUGGUGCCAUUCUUACCAAAAAUCCGCUGGAACUUAUAAAAUCGCCAGGGUCCUUCAACAUUCCGGUAAUAAUUGGAACCAAUGACGCAGAGGGAUCCUUCGAGCUCAUGAAUGCCCUCCGACACCUUAAGGAUUACGAUGUCGAAGUUGAACGAUUAAUUCCAAGAAGUGUCAACGUGGACUUUUUCAGCCCCAUUGCCAAACAAGUCGGUGAAGAGAUCAGAAAUAGCUUUUUCGACGGCAAAACAGUGACGGAAACCGACAUGCAAGACUUCCUACAAUACGUUUCCGAAAAGGCCGGAAUCACAUCGUACUUCUUGGCAUACUUUAGUAGCAUUGUGCAGCAUAAUCCCAAAGUCUAUCUGUUCCGAUUUGCUUUCGAUGGCGCUUUGAACAACGGCAAGAACUUGGCCAAGCUUCCGCCCUUCAAAGGAGCCGGACACAUGGACGAUCUGUUCUACUUAUUCAGCUCGGCAACCAUAGCCGCAGUCCCCGAAACCGACAAGUCCUAUCAAAUGCGUCAAACGAUGGUUCGCAUGUGGACGAACUUCUCCAAAUAUUCGGAUCCUACUCCUGCAGAUUCAAAUUCUACAUUGCCGUUCCGUUGGGACCCGUUACCAAUGUUGAACCCAAGCGAGAAUGAAAAAUUUGAAGAGCGAUAUCUUAACAUAGAUCAGGAGUUGCAAAUGACCGUCCCGGAUCCGAAACGUUUAGCUCUCUGGCUCCAGCUCCACGAGAAGUACAACGGACACAUCACGGGGCUUCCUUUCGCGGUCGAUGACAUGAACCUGGCAGAAGGAGCAAAAUAAAUUGCUGCUUCAAAUACUCGCCGAAAAUCGCCAUCGAAUUCGGAAUGCAAUUAUCAACUGAUGAUUAAUUCACACCUUCGAUGGAACUGUGCUUGUUGAGUUUAUCGUUCGGAAACGUUGUUUAUAAGUUGAUGGCAAUUGCAGAAAUCCAUUAUGCAUGAGAACUUUUGCUUUUAUUCUGAAAGAAAACAUUGGUACGAUAUUAUAGCGCGAAAGGCGAAUGAAGAGUAAUGUAAAAAGUAUAUUCAAUAAUGAUU